GAGUGACGGAAGGAGAAGAGGAGGAGGAGGUUUCAGCAAUGGAUCAGUACUCUGCGUCGACCAUCGCAGCUGGAAUCGCAGGAAAUUUGUUCGCCUUCGUUCUGUUCGUGUCGCCGAUGCCGACGUUUAGGAGGAUCGUCGGGAACGAGUCGACGGAGGAGUUCUCGGGGUCGCCCUACGUCUACUCGCUGAUGAACUGCUUGAUCUGCAUGUGGUACGGGCUGCCGUGCGUCGGCGGCGUCGUGCUCGUCGCCACCGUCAACUCCGCCGGCGCCGUCUUCCAGUCGGCCUACGUCGGCGUCUUCAUUUUCUACGCCGACCAGGCCAGAAAGUUGAGAAUGAUAGCAAUGUUCAUGGGAGUCCUAUGCACUUUUAUCGCCAUUGUUUACGUCAGUUUGGAGUUCUUCGACCCUCUAAACCGAAAGACCUUUGUUGGAUACUUAAGCAUGGCUUCACUCAUCUCCAUGUUUGCUUCUCCCCUAUUUAUCAUCAAUUUGGUGAUCAGGACUAGAAGUGUGGAGUUCAUGCCAUUCUACUUAUCCCUUGCCACCACCUUGAUGAGCCUGUCUUUCUUUGUAUAUGGGAUGCUAUUGCAUGACUUCUUCAUAUAUAUUCCAAAUGGGAUCGGAGCUCUCCUUGGGGUUGUUCAAUUGUUAUUGUAUGGCUAUUACGGUGGAAAAUCUAGAGAGCGGUCUAUUUUGCCAUUGUUGGCUUGAUAAAAUAAUUGUGUGUUCAUUUAUUUUGACACGCUUCCGUAACCGUCUUAUGAAACGGCUU